AUCACGCGGACUCAACAAGAGUGAGAAAGAGGAUUAUGUCGGUUCCGAUCGAUUCGAGGGCUUAUCGCUGAGGAAACGGAGGCGACCACGACCCGUUGGAGCUCCCUCUCUCUCUCGCGCUUUCUCUCCCCAAGAUUAGAUCUGCUUCUUGCUUGAUCGGCACACUCCAUGGCUUUAAAGUCCAGUUCUGGUGAAGGGAGGACAAGGAGAUCAGUGUCCCUCAUCAUCAUUGUUGGCCUCUGUUGCUUCUUCUAUAUAUUGGGAGCAUGGCAGAGAAGUGGAUUUGGAAGGGGCGAUAGUAUCGCACUCCAAGUCACUAAGCAAACUGAAUGCACAAUAGCACCAAAUCUGAAUUUUGAGACCCACCAUGCUGGCUCAGGAAACCUGAAUGAUCUCAAAGAUUCUCAAGUCAAAAAAUUUAAGGCAUGCCACGACCGCUAUACUGACUACACUCCGUGCCAGGAUCAGAAGCGAGCAAUGACCUUUCCUCGAGAUAACAUGAUAUACAGAGAGAGGCAUUGCCCAAGAGAGGAUGAGAAAUUGCAUUGUCUUAUACCAGCACCUAAGGGAUAUGUUGCUCCUUUCCCAUGGCCUAAGAGCCGUGAUUAUGUUCCCUACGCCAACGUACCAUACAAAAGCUUGACAGUUGAGAAGGCUGUUCAGAAUUGGGUUCAGUAUGAGGGCAAUGUGUUCAGAUUUCCUGGUGGAGGAACACAGUUCCCUCAAGGAGCUGAUAAAUAUAUCGAGCAACUCGCAUCUGUUAUUCCAAUUGAAAAUGGUAUUGUCAGGACUGCAUUGGACACAGGAUGUGGGGUUGCUAGUUGGGGUGCUUAUCUACUGAAAAAGAAUGUGUUAGCUAUGUCUUUUGCUCCUAGGGACUCUCACGAGGCACAGGUACAGUUUGCCCUAGAACGAGGUGUCCCUGCAGUCAUUGGAGUUCUUGGAUCAAUUAAGCUUCCAUACCCAUCCAGAGCCUUUGAUAUGGCUCACUGUUCACGGUGCUUAAUUCCAUGGGGCGAAAAUGAUGGAAUUUACUUAAAGGAAGUUGAUCGGGUUUUGAGGCCUGGUGGUUAUUGGGUGCUUUCAGGCCCCCCAAUCAACUGGAAAGCUAACUAUCAGGCAUGGCAACGUAAGAAGGAAGAUCUUGAGGAGGAACAAAGGAAGAUUGAGGAAAUCGCAAGGCUUCUUUGCUGGGAGAAGGUCAGUGAGAAGUCUGAAAUCGCUAUUUGGAGGAAAAGAAUUAAUGCUGAAUCAUGCCCAGGGAGGAAAGAUGAUAGCAGUAUGAAUAUAUGCAAAGAAGUGAAUUCAAAUGAUGUAUGGUACAAGAAUAUGGAGCCCUGCAUAACACCAUAUCCUAAGGUUAGUAGUGUUGAAAAAGUUGCAGGAGGAGAACUAAAGCCAUUCCCUGAGAGGUUAAAUGCUAUUCCACCAAGCAUAGCUAGUGGUUCUGUACCCGGCAUCUCAGUGAAAUCCUUUCAAGAAGAUAUCAAGCAGUGGCAAGGGCAUGUUCAAGCUUAUAAGAAAAUUAACAAGUUACUUGAUACUGGAAGGUACCGAAACAUAAUGGAUAUGAAUGCCAGAUUGGGUAGUUUUGCAGCAACAAUUGAAUCUCCAAAGUUGUGGGUGAUGAAUGUUGUUCCCACAUUAGCUGAACUAUCCACCUUAGGUGUGAUUUACGAACGUGGGUUGAUUGGCAUAUAUCAUGACUGGUGUGAAGCUUUUUCAACUUACCCAAGGACUUACGAUCUCAUACACGCCAAUGGUGUUUUCAGCCUGUACAAGAACAAAUGCCAAGCUGAAGACAUCCUUCUUGAAAUGGAUCGCAUUCUGCGGCCAGAGGGUGCAGUUAUAUUUCGCGAUGAUGUUGAAGUUCUCCUAAAGGUGAAGAAGAUAAUCAGUAGCAUGAGAUGGAAUGCUAAGCUGGUUGAUCACGAGGAUGGACCCCUGCUUCCUGAGAAGAUAUUGGUGGCUGUAAAGCAGUACUGGGUCGGUGGCCGCGAAAGUAAGGAUGAAGAGUCAGCGGAACAACUUGUGGAUCGAGUUGGCAGCGGAAAUGGAUCCUAAACCACUCAGUCGCUGCAAUUGUAGCACGAUCUCCGCUCACUGCUAAGUUUGAGGGAGAAUUCUUUAGCUGGAGCUGUAACUCUGUUUAGAGGACAAUAGAUGUCAUUCCUUUUUCUUUCUUUUUUUUACUUCAUUUUUCUUCUACGGUAGAAGGACAUAAUGUCGAUUUCCUUAAGUUAAAUGCCGUGAUCUCUUUGAUGAA